AUGGCACCUGGUCGGAAGGUGGGAGCAAGCAGACAGCAACCAACAGAGACACCUAUUACUAAAUAUGAGCGUUCAAGGAAUGAAGAAAUAAUGAAAAACAACCGAGAGCUGGAGAGGCUUGGUAUCAAGACAUUAGUGCCCAUAGUGAACAAUACAUCUGUGGAGAGAAAGGGUGAAGACCAUGAAGUUUCUGGAUCGUUGUAUACAGAUCAGGAGAGUGAUCAGGAGAAAUCACUUAAACAAAUGUUUCAUGUACAGGAAAGGUGCUUGAAAAACCAAAUAAAUCGAGAGAAGGUCCAAUUACUGCAUUGUACAGGAUCUCAAUGUUACAUUGCACAAGUCCAUGUCAUGAGACAAGAGAAAUAUAAAGAUGUACAACCUACUGCUAUUGAUCUUUUCAAGGACUUCCACUGCAACAAGAAGAAAGGAUUCAGUGAGCCUAUCAAGAAAGCUAUUGUUGAUAUGGAAGCGAUCAUGGCUGAACCAGUACAAGAUGAAGAGCAACCAAAGUCAGUGAACCAUGCUGUUUCUCAAGUUGUGAAAUCAACUACAUUUCUUCAAGUUGCAGGAAUUCAACCAAACUCCAACAAUAGCUCUAAAGGUUACACUUCCUCAAAGGUACAAGUGCAUCAAGUCCCUACCAUGCAUGCUCUGAAGUUAUUUUCUUUAUAG